CCUUCCCUCUUUAACAGCGGUCUAAGGAGGGGUACAACAGGGAAGGGGUGGAGACCACCCCCGCUCUUCAGGUGCUCCUCGGGGCGUCUCUAGGCGGGUGCGGGGGUGGGAGGAGCGCGUGACGUUCUCCCUCCCUCUUUUUUUCUUCCUUUCCCUUCCUCUCCCUCCCAUUCAAGUAGUAGAGCUUAUCGGUUGUAGACGCCAGCUUGGGUCCCUGGGCGGGUGAGGAGUCUGACGCUUCUCCCGUAUUUCUCCUUGGCCUCUUCUCCCGGGUCGGGCCCAGGUGAGCACGCGCACCACAGCCUUGGCGUCUCCCUGCCCCUCCCCUCACCCCCAGAUAACUGCAGGUGUGUGCGGGGUGCGCGCGAGCGCGGGCUGGAAAGAGCCGGCGGAGAGCUAGACUAAGCGCUCUCAGGGGCCCCCUCCCCCUCCCUGGGUCGCCCGAGCCGUCUCCGCGCCCCGUUCGGGCGCUGCAGCGGCCGCCGCCUCGGCCCCUGGAAACCAGAGGAGGAGACGCGAGCCGCCGUCGCUACUACCUCAGGUGGUCUGUGCGCGGCGCAGGCCCGAGGCGCGCCCUCUCUUCGUCCCCUAGCCCCUGGAGAGAAGGACGCCCGGGGCGGACGGACGGCAGGCCGGACCGACAGUCCGACCCCCCCCUCUCCCCCGCGCUCACCAUGAACCGGGCUCACCGGCACGGCGCGGGCAGCGGCUGCCUGGGCACCAUGGAAGUGAAGAGCAAGUUUGGAGCAGAAUUUCGUCGAUUUUCUCUGGAACGCUCUAAACCUGGAAAAUUUGAAGAGUUUUAUGGAUUAUUACAGCAUGUUCAUAAGAUACCCAAUGUUGAAGUUUUAGUAGGCUAUGCGGACAUUCAUGGAGACUUACUGCCUAUAAAUAAUGAUGAUAACUAUCAUAAAGCUGUUUCAACAGCCAAUCCGCUACUUAGGAUUUUUAUACAAAAAAAAGAAGAAGCAGAUUACAGUGCCUUUGGUACAGAUACGCUGAUAAAGAAGAAGAAUGUCUUGACAAAUGUAUUACGUCCUGAUUACCAUAAAAAGAAACCAAACAUAGUUAUUAGUAUGCCUCAAGACUUUAGACCUGUAUCUUCUAUUAUUGAUGUGGAUAUUCUCCCAGAAACCCAUCGUAGAGUUCGUCUUUACAAAUAUGGAACGGAAAAACCACUAGGAUUCUAUAUAAGAGAUGGUUCUAGUGUAAGAGUCACACCACAUGGUCUAGAAAAAGUUCCAGGGAUUUUCAUAUCCAGGCUUGUUCCAGGUGGUCUGGCUCAAAGUACUGGCUUACUUGCAGUUAAUGAUGAGGUUUUAGAAGUUAAUGGAAUAGAAGUUUCAGGGAAAAGUCUUGAUCAGGUUACAGAUAUGAUGAUUGCAAACAGUCGUAACCUGAUUAUAACUGUAAGACCUGCAAAUCAGAGAAAUAAUGUUGUCAGGAAUAGUCGGACUUCUGGCAGCUCAGGUCAGUCUACCGAUAACAGUCUUGUCAGCUACUCACCACAUAUUGAGAUGAAUUUUGACCCGAAAGAUGAAGAGAGUGAUGAAGAAGAUAUAAUUAUUGAAGAUAAUGGAAUGCCCCAGCAAAUACCUAAAGCAGUUCUUAUGGCUGAGAGCUUAGAAUCAUUAACACAAAUUGAACUGAGUUUUGAGUCAGCACAGAAUGGUUUUAUUCCUAAUGAUGUGAGUUUACAGCAAACUAGUGGCACAGGGAUGGAACAUAAAGCACAUACUUCUGAUCAAAAACCAUUAGAAGAAGAUGGAACAAUUAUAACAUUAUGAUAUUUGUUGUCUGAAUGGUUUCCUAAAACGAAGGUGCCAUAGAACUUUACAUUUGGCUAUUCAAAAGUAUAUGUACCUCUAUACCAAUGACAUAAAGUGUACAUGCAAACAAUGAAGCUUUAAAAUGUUAGUUUGCUCUUCUGACUAAUGUAAAAUAACCAUUGUAAUUUGAAAGUGAAAUUGUAUACUUUUGAUAUUCUGUCUGUAAGGAAUAUUAUAGUAAAGGGGUACAUUUUCAGUACUGCAAAAUGAAUUAGAUCAUUUCCAGUUGAAGUGGUUGCAUAUUUAACCUGCCAUGCAGAGCCCAGUAAAAUUAUUCUGUAUUAAUGCUGUUAGAUGCAGUCUUUUGAUUCUAAUGUGAAAGUCUGAUUCUGCCUCCUCGUGGUAUGUUUAGGACCAGUUCUCUUCUCUUGGUUUACAGUAUUUUAUGGCUUUGAUUUCUUGCAUUAGGCUUAUUUUGCUAAUUAUGACAAAAUGUUCUAUGUUAACUUUCAAAGAAAUCAAAAUAAUCAAGAGCUUUCAAAAAUUGCAAACCUACUUUAUGAAAUAUAGAAAUGAUUCCUGAAUGUGGUGAAGUUGUAACUCGCACUCUACUUUGUAAUAUUACUGACAAACUCAUUCCAUGUGGUUGUAACUUGGUGUCUUAGAGGGAAUCUCUAAGAUUAUUUCUGUUGGUAUUGAUGUAUAUUUGUGCCUUUUAAUGUGAAUUUUUAUGAGUGUAAUAUGCACAUGGAUUAAGAACUACAUACAUAUAGGACAAACUUGUGCACUUUUUAUAAAAAGAAUUUUUGGUUUUCUUUUAAUGGUAUUGGUAUCUGGAUUAUGGAACGCUGCCUACAUUUUAGGACAAACUGUGUGGCAAACAGUAUAUUUGCAUUAAUUUUUUGAGAGGAUAUUUAUUGCUUUAACACAAACAUUCCAAAUAGAACUAGUAAUGCUGCUAACUUUCAUUCUUUGCUUAAUUUUUUUGUAUUUAUAAUUGACAUGUGCAUGAACACUGUAUAUAGAACUUAAAAGCUGUUAUAAAGAAAUGCAUGUUUCUUUUUACUUAUGACCUAUGGGCAUAUUCCCCUAACUAAUUAUUUAUUAAUUAACUUUAUGAUACAAUUAGUGUGAAUGCCUUUAUAAUGUAUGCUGUUUAAAAUGAAGAAUUAAAUGACUCCAUUUUGAAGGAUUUAUUUCUAGUAAAAUUAUGUGAAGAAUGAAAGUAUUGCUAAAAUACUGAAAACACAAGAUACAUAAAUGUAUUUUGUUUUAUAGUACCACUAAACUAAUACCGACUGCACAGCAUUAUGUAAUACUAGGUUUUAUACUCUAGUUCUUUUUAAAUUCACUGGAGUUCUUCCAUUUAUAUUCCAUUGUUAUUUUUCAAGCAACUUUGGAAUGGAAUCAUAAUAAAAAAUUAGCACAUAGAUUGUUCAAUCAUUUUUAUAUGUUAAUGGUGCAGGGUUUCAAGUUAAGCUUUUAAAAUAUAAACACUAGCCUUUCACAUACUACCUCUUUUUUAUUUUUACAAAGUUAACGUCUUCAAGCUUUUUUCUUGGAAAAAUUCAGGACUUAAUAUAAUUUUUAAACAAUCCAAAUUUAAUUGUAAUCAAAAAAUAAUUCCAAGUUUCCAGAAAUGGAAAGUCAAAGCUGCUAGCACAAUAUAUUUUUUUUAAAAAUACUAAUUUUCUUGUUCAAGUAUAUUAGGGAAACUUGAUUUUUCAACCAGAUUUCUGUAAAUUAAAGAUACAGCAAUUGGAAAAUGAUUUAUUUUUAAGGAUAUCUUAAAAAUUAUUUCUUACUACACAAUUCGUUGGUAGUCUAAACAGAUUACUUCAAGUGCAUCUUAUUUUAAUACAUAGCACACUGGAUUUAGAGUGAAAUGUUUUCUGAAGUUAUUUUUCUCCUAUGAUAAAGAUAAACUGAACUGUGAAAUUUAUGUUUUGGAUCUUAAGAGUUAGGACAAAUGUUCUCAUGAGCUGUCAACAAAAAUAAUGUACUUUUGUGAAUAUUAUGAAUUUUUCUAAUUAAAUUUUACAUGCUAUGUGAUUUUUACAUGAAUGAGACUUGUAUAAACUAUUAAAUAUCAGUAUUUUUACUACAACUUUAAUAUAAAAUGUACAUUGAUAUUUCACUAAAUGAACUUUGAUUUUUGAAAAAUCAAAUUAGUUUUAGUGGUAUUUUUUAUAAACAAUAAAAAGACUUAUAUUAA